AUGGUGGCCAUCAUAGACGUCCUGGAUUCCACAUGGAUAGAGAGUCCACCAAGACGACUUGGCGAUGAUUCAGAUGAAAAGGAUGACUACGGGAAUGAUAGGGUCAAGGUACGCGUAUAUCCUGAGAGGGUCAAGGUACGCGUAUAUCCUGAGAAGGUCAAGGUACGCGUAUAUCCUGAGCCAUCUGAAAGACAAAGACACGGAAUGAUCGUACCAAUAAUCCUGAGGCGUAAACAUCCGAUAAGCACACUGGACGAGAAACCCGACUCUGAUUCCUAA